AUGGCUUCUUCAACUUUGAUGCUCUUCUUCUUUCUCUCUUCCUUCUUCACCUUCUCACCAAUCCCAUGCCUCGGCCGGUACCACCCACUAGACCCUCUAACCCAGUCUGAGUUCACUCGGGUCCGAACUAUCGUCAGAAAAUCUUACCCCAGCUCCAUCCACAACCUCACUUUCCAGUACAUAGCCUUAGACGAGCCAGACAAAUCCCUAGUCAAGUCAUGGCUGUCGAAACCAAAACCAAAACCCAAAACCCUACCUCGCCGAGCCUUUGUCAUAACAAGGCUCGACAAACACUCCCACGAGAUGGUAGUGGACUUAUCAACUCGUUCCGUAGUCUCCGAUAAGGUCUACGGUGGACACGGCUACCCUUUGCUAACAUUUGAUGAACAAACAGUCGCAAGUGAGCUCCCACUGUCCUACAAACCAUUUAUCAACUCGGUGAAGAAGAGGGGGCAUAACUUGUCCGAGGUGGUUUGCACCACGUUUUCAGUCGGGUGGUUUGGCGAAGAACAUAAGAAAAGAGUGAUCAAAGUUUUGUGUUACUAUAUUGAGGGAACACCUAACUUGUACAUGAGGCCCUUGGAGGGAAUAUCACUGGUGGUUGAUCUUGAUGAACUAAAGAUAGCUGAGUAUUAUGACCGGGAUAGGGUUCCGGUGCCGAAAGCUCAAGGAACCGAGUAUCGGCUGUCGAAGCAGAAGCCACCUUUCGGUCCCAGAUUUAAUGGUUUCGCCAUUGUGCAGCCAGACGGACCUGGGUUUAAGAUUGACGGGCACACAAUAAGUUGGGCUAACUGGGUCUUCCAUCUCGGAUUCGAUGUUCGAGCUGGUCCGGUAAUUUCUACUGCAUCGAUUUUUGACGUCGAAAAGGCAACAUACCGUCAAGUAUUGUACAGAUCAUUCAUAUCCGAGCUAUUUGUGCCAUACAUGGACCCAACUGAAGAAUGGUACUACAAGACCUUCUUCGACGCCGGUGAAUUUGGGUUUGGUCAAUCUGCUUCGCCCCUAGAGCCCUUGACCGAUUGCCCUGAAAAUGCUGUAUUCAUGGACGCUCACUAUGCUAACUCAGAUGGGACUCCGGUGAAUAUAACAAAUGCUUUUUGCAUAUUUGAGCAACAUGCUGGGAGUGCCUUGUGGCGGCACACUGAAACAGUAAUUCCAGGAAUAACCGAGGUUAGACCAGAGGUGAACUUGAUAGUGAGGAUGGUUUCGACUGUGGGGAACUAUGAUUAUGUACUUGACUGGGAAUUUAAGCCAAGCGGUUCGAUCAAGUUUGGGGUUGGACUAACAGGAAUACUAGAGGUGAAGGGGGCGCCAUACACACAUACUGAUCAAAUAAAGGAGGAUGCUUAUGGUACAUUGCUUGCAGAUUACACCCUCGGGGUAUACCAUGAUCACUUUUUAACCUACUAUCUUGAUCUCGAUGUGGAUGGCGAAGCCAACUCCUUUGUCAAGAACAAUCUGGUGACAAAAAGAGUAACAGAUCAUAGCUCACCGAGAAAGAGUUACUGGACAGUUGUUAGCGAAACAGCGAAGACAGAAUCAGAUGCAAAAAUUCAACUGGGUUUGAAGCCAGCUGACCUAGUCUUGAUAAACCCUAACAAGAAAACAAAACCUGGAAACAACAUAGGGUAUCGGCUAAUCCCAGGAUCAGUAUCAAACCCACUUUUGUCCCAUGACGAUUACCCACAAAUCCGAGGUGCCUUCACCAACUACAAUGUAUGGGUCACACCUUAUAACAAGUCGGAAAAAUGGGCAGGAGGUCAGUUCAUGGAUCAGAGCCGUGGAGAUGACACUUUGGCUACUUGGAGCCUCAGGAACCGAGAGAUUGAGAAUAAGGACAUAGUGUUAUGGUACACCAUGGGAUUUCACCAUGUUCCUUGCCAAGAAGACUUUCCGGUGAUGCCAACAUUAAGCGGUGGAUUUGAGCUCCGGCCAACCAAUUUCUUCGAGAGCAAUCCGGUGCUUAAAGCAAUCCCUCCUAAGCAUGAGCACUUGCCUAACUGCACUAAAUAA